AUGGAUAGAACUAAUGAUCAACGUAGAAAUAGUCCACCAAACUAUAACCGUCCAAGAGAUCAAACACCUCACCGCAUUAAUUCUUAUCCUUCGGAAAGGGAUUAUGGUUCAAGUUCUCACUACAUGUCUUCUCGUGGUCAUUCAGAUUAUCCGAUGAGAGAACCACAAAUGCUUCCGGGUAGAUACGAUGAACGAGAAGAAGAAUCACAACCCAUGUUUAGGGGACAGGUUCCAUAUGGUGGAAAUGCGAGAGAUCCAAAACCAUAUGGGAGACCACCAAUACCUCCCCUUCAACCUUAUGACAGAAGACCUUCUUAUCGUGGUGGACAUUCAUAUAACCCAUAUCCUAGGCCACCACCCAAUCGAGAUUAUGGACCUCCUAGCUAUAAUAAUUAUACAAGAGGAAAUUCUAUGCAACAUCAACCAUAUCAACGUCCAUAUUCUGGACCACCAUUUCCUCCCACAUCUCACCGUCCUCCACCAAAUAUUUUUUCACAUCCUCCAAAACUUGUGCAAAUUCCUGCUUACGCACCAGUACUUGAGGAAAAGUUGGCGCAAAUCAGAGCGGAAGGACAAAGAUUGAGAGAGGCGGAAUUAAAAUUAAAUGAAAGUGUUCGAAAAUCACAGAGAGAACUCGAUAAAUCAUUAUGGGAAUUAGAAAAAGUUAACCACAACACUGCUUUAGCGACAAGACAAGUAGAAAUACUUUGUACAAAAGAGGAAAUCGAAAAAAUAGAAAAAUUAGCAACAGAGAGAGAAGCCGCUGAAAGGGAAAGAGAAUCAGAAAUUUUAGAAUAA